AUGGGAGUGUUCAGAGUCGAUUCGGUUCACAUAUCGGUUGUGCGAGGAGACUCUGCGAUCCACCUUCUCGUGGAGGAAACAGGCAAAAAGCCAAAAGUCCAUGCGGCGGUUUUGAUAGACGGAGGGGACAAAAUCGCUGCGGACAGGUUUGUCCAAGUGAGCAGCAAAGCCGGGAAGCAUUCCAUUCUCUCGACUAUCGAUUGGAUUGAGCAGACAUACGAUUGCAGCCAGAUGAACAAUGGCAAACUCCAAUUCAACUCGAUUGUGAUUACCCAUUGGGACCAGGAUCACUACGAUGGGAUUGCAAACAUCUUGUCCGGUGAAGCUGCAAAAGGCAAUCUAACCACGCUGUCCUGGUUGAAAUGGGCUGGAGAUGUUCCGCAGACCUGCUUCUAUGCGCCCUGGGAUCCUCCGCCAGGAGAUCCGUCGAGACUCUUUACGUUUGGCCCAGCGGAUGAGAAAAAGCAGUAUGUUUACAUCACUUACCCCAAGGACAAAACAGCGAAAUUUGCCCAGUAUCGCAGCACGGGAAAGGUGAAUAAUGCAACGGCCGAUGGGCUAUGGUCUGUCCUGGGUGUCAACCUGUUCAACAACAAGCCGCUGACCACGACGACUCCGGCUGAUACCAUCACUCCAACAGCGUUGGUGAAAAGCAACCCGCCCGAUAAUGCUGCUCACCCAGGCCUGUACUGCGUCGGGGUCCGAUAUUCCUGUCUGGUCAAGAAGACUUGGGACCUUACAAAGGGAAUCCCAGAUGGCCAUAGUCCUCAUAUUAUUCCCGGGGAGGAGGCCGGUCCGAGUAACGAGGUCUCCAUUGCUGCAAUGGUCAUGUGGAAAGCAGCGGACGGAAAGAGCCCUCCUCGUGUAUCUCAUUACUUUGCCGGAGACCUUGGCCAAACCGAAGAAGAGAGGAUCUUGAAAUGGUUGGAAAGCGAUCAAGUCAAUGAAAUCACCAGCAUGAAAGCAAGCCAUCACUCAGCAACCAAUGCGACUCAAAUCGACAUGUUUGAGAGGUUCAAGCCCCUGAACACAUACAUCCCAUCUCCGACCUUUCCUUCACACGGCCAUCCUUCUUGGGAGUUUAUCUUUGUCUGGAAUCUGUACUGCGCGACAAGGCCUACCAGCGCAACGGCACCUCGCUUAGUCUGCGCCGCCUAUCCCCCAUAUCUCUGGCAGGAGAAUGGAGAUUAUACUGAUGAUCUUGAGAAGAUGCAACUCUUGGGCUUCGGAAAAUCAAAGAAUGCCAAGGAAUUCCGGGAGGAGCUGAACAAAAGGGUGGCCACGUUAAACGCUGCCCGGGCCCAAAGUUUUUCUGUGGAUAAUGACUUCGACAAGUACGUCGACAAGACGAAAGAUGAGCAGAGAACAUACAUCGCAGAACGCAUGACCGCGAUUCUUAAAGCGCGUGUUUUUCCGACGGCAGACCAUCAUCCUGCUUUGAACUCGGCUUUUGUAAAGCUGGGCAGUUGCAAAAAUGAUCUGAAAGGACUGGACCUGGUGGUCAUUCAAUCGUACGCCGACAAGGCCAAGGACGGACCUUUUCUUUACAAGAACUCGGGCAGCGCGGAGUUGGCUUUGACGGGAGCCACAAUAGCUCAACCAGCGAGAAGAUCAGCCCGUUUGGCAACGAAGCAACACGCGGCGACUGCUGCUGUAAAAAGACCCCCUCCACCUGUAUCGCCGGCUACCGCCAAAAAGAAGAAAGGGAACACAGGACCAAAAGCCGAAGAGGAGGGAACUGACGGCUGGCUGCUCGGCGUGGUCGAGGUUGCUGAAGGCACGUUCUUUGUGCCUCCGGAAACGAAUCCAGGUGAAAUAAGUUACGGAGAUGACGAGGAAGACUCUUCCGUUGCUGUCCUUACUGGAAUACGGGAUCAGAUGGGCCAAGUCUCAACCCAAGUCGAGAGCACCGUCGAUGCAGAGGAUAUCGCUGAAGAGAUUGAGCACCAUAUUCUCGAGCCGGGUCCUCUGGAUGAAUUUGUUGGCGCGCUCCAUUGUGGUGUGCUUUGUCUGACAGAAAAGCCCGAGGUCGAUGCAGAAGCUACUCUGGAGGAUGGGGUGGAUGAAUGGGGAACCUGGUUGCAAGACGUUCUCGGUGCUCAGAACGUGUCGCUGCUGCGAGGUCCUGCUGAGGAAGAAGGAGGAGAAGAAGAAGAAGAAGAAGAAGAAGAAGAAGAAAGUGGCGGUGAAGAUGGAGGAGAUGAAGAUGAUGAAGACGUGGGCUUCACCGUCCGUGGCUUCAAUAUGCAGGUUCCUCUGGAACCGAUUGCCAGUGAAACGGCAAACCCCAAUCCCACCCUGCUGGACUUUACCACAGACCCUGCCGUCCUGCAAAAGACAUUUGGGCCCACGGAAUUCAUUGCGGAAGACGGCCUCUUGACUGACCACAUCGUACUGGUUUUCGGACUGUCCGGAGUCGUCAGCGGACCUACCUCGGUGGCCAUCAACGAGAUCAUACAGUUCAUCGGCCUCCGAGAUUGGUUCGGGGAUCCAGCUGGUGAUUCGAUCCACCCCCUCAUGGCCCUACUGGGUGUUUUGAAGGUGAGACUGCCCUCCACCCCGGAUGAGACUGAAGAAGGCCGAAACGCGGUCUGGUUUGCCCCGGGGGAUACCUACCGGACCACCAUCCGUCUGCAAUUACCGUUACAGUCAGACGGACAGGAGGAGCUCAAUGAGUUUCUGGACCUGUUCAAAAUAUCGUUGAGUCAGCCUACUGUGAUUGCGCGGCGAUCAAGCACCUGGUCGACCAACGGGGAAGAGGUCGUGAUUGAAACACAAGGCAGUCUGAUUCUGCGAGCGACGGCAACGAUCAACGGGAGCAUUACGCUCGAUUGUACAUUGGAAUUCAAUCCAACCGUGACGACCAUCACUCUGACGAAUUCCACCGCCGGUGCUGUCACACUGGAUGGCAUUCUCGGUUGGGUGACUGCAGUUCUAGAACUCACCCCCAGCUUUGAUAUUCGUGACCUCCAAGGCAAACAGACACCUUCAUUUGAGCUGGGGGAUAUCGAGUUUCGUCGAAUAAUACUUGACCUGGUCAGAGAUCCCAUCACGGGCAACAAGACGAUAUCCGGCUUCAGCUUGCAUGCUGAGGUCGUAAUGCGCCUCGGCUCACAGAAAGAUCCAAUCCUAUUUUGUCUUUCGUAUACAUACGAUGCCGCUGAUGGGAGUUCCGUGCAAGCUCAUCUAUGGGGCAAGCCUCCAUCCAAACCGAGUGAAACAGAGCAGCUGGUCAUGCCAGAAUACGAAGACUUCCACUAUCUAGCUCCCAUCACUAUCACGGAAGAUGAAUGGGCAUCAACAUUGGAUCUCAUUGCCCUGGGGGGGUUUGACAAAGCUCCAGCCUUCCUACCUACCCAGGUUCUCCAGGCUGAAUUCAUUGCCAAUGCGGAAGGCCUUUACUUGACAGGCACGCUGGUUCCAAAACCACCAGAUGAAGGCGACAAGGCUCCUAUCUUCACCAUAGCAUCCGCUACCCUGGAGAUCUGGUAUGGCUGGGGACAGAGCCAACCCGUUGUCUCUGUGGCUGGCCCGGGAUUCGGCGGUGGCUUCUACGUCAAGGCAUUGAUGACACAGCCUGAGGGCUCCAAAUAUGGCGCGCCCACCCAGCUUACCGGAGCGAUCACCUAUGAGUCGGAGGCAAGAGAAUGGCAGUUAUACGGGUCGAUGGACCACUUUUUUGCCUCGACGUUGGCUCAAUUCUUCUCCGAUGAUGUCCGAGGAGCUGUCAUUCCGAUGAUUGAAUCCAUUGAGGUGAGGGGUCUCGAAGUGCUCUAUUCAUUUGACGCCGUUGGCAAGACAUCAUCAUUCGGAAUCAAAGGAGAUCUCGUCCUGGGUCAGCAUGUCUUCUCCCUGGCCUAUAACCAUUUUGGGAACACCUGGGACUUUACUGCUGGCCUGAGAAUCGACCAAGACCCAUCGGUCGAGUCUGAUGCGGGCAGUAUGCUGACAUCUUUCCUGGGUGAUGACCUAAAAUUGCCCGACUUCCUGGUAAAUAUCCUGGUGCCAACCAGCACCAAGGACUUGAUGGAGAUCAAAAUCGAGAGGGAAAAGCUGGGGAGCAAUACUCGAGACAGUCUGGUUGUGAUUGCCACCUGGUUGAUGGACGAUCGCCUGUUGCAGUUUAUCCAAUUUCGUCAGGUCCCGGCAGACCCAGCAGGACAACCAGGGCCUGUCCGGCGAAUUGUCAUCGCCUCACUAAUGGCAUUUCCGGCUGUAAACGUACCCAUGAUCGGCGACAUUGCCCAGCCGUUCGAUCAGGCCCUAUUCCUUUGGGCCCAAGCAGAAGGUGGUGAUGGAAUUCCACGAGGUGAGCUGGAAAGCAUCAAUGAAAUACUACGCAGUUCGACUCCGGCGAAGCUUACCAUUCCAUUCAAGGCACUUGGCAAUAGAAGUGAGCCUGACGAGCCUCCCAACCCUGACAAGCCUGAAGAUGUCGUUCUGGCCAAUGGGCUACACUUCAUGGUCGUCGCAUUUACCACCCGUGGUCACCUAGAGGUUAUCAUUGAUUAUGCCUUCAGCAUCGGAAAGGAAUCAGGAUCGAAAGCCGUGAUUUCCCAGGGCGAUACCGAGAAAGGAGAGAGAAUGGAGCCCUUUGCUAAAUCUGCAGGUCCUCUCAAUAUCAAAAGCAUUGGACUACGCUACUCGACUGGUCUUUACAACGACCAAUCAAUCCUCUCUAUCAGAAUCGACGCCUCGAUUAUGGUAGGCCCAGUCGAAUUCUCCCUGAUAGGAUUCAGUAUCGACUUUGAUUUCGCCAAAGAAGGUGCGAGCUUGCAUAGCCCACCGCUCCCCGGUUUCUCUCUAGAAGGACUGCAGGCCGCCUAUGACCGACCGCCGAUUGAGAUUGCCGGAAUGCUCCAGAUUGGAAAAGAAGUCGGACGUGAAUACUACCAAGGUGCCUUGAUGAUCAGCUACAUGCCUUGGCAGUUCCAAGCCGCUGGGUACUGGGGCUACACGACAAAGCCAGAUAUCAAAAACUUCGAGACGGUGUUUGUCUACUGUGUCCUCCGUGGCCCGCUCAUCACCUUCCAGUUUGUGAGCAUCGAAGGGAUCUGUGGAGGUUUUGGUUAUAAUUCAAAACUCACGUACCCCACGGUGAAAGAUGUGAUUGACUUUCCUUUGAUCAAGGAUGGGGCCACUGCAAGGCCACCCGAUGAUGACACCCCUCUCAACGCCCUACAGAAUAUGCUUGAUACGAAAUGGUUUGCGCCGCAGGACGAGUCGUUCUGGGUUGCUGCUGGUCUCACCGUGAAGGCGUUCCAGAUCCUCAGUGUACAAGCCGUGGUUGCGGUGCAGUGGAACCCAUAUGUUGAGCUUGGGAUCUUUGCAGUGGCUACCGCCAGUAUCCCCGGAGGAAAGAGUGGGCGGCAAUUCGCCUUUGUGCAACUGGGUAUUGUGGCCACGGUCAGCUUCGAAACGGGUAUCUUGAAGAUUGAGGGUGAACUGACGCCUGCGUCCUACAUCCUGGACCCGAACUGUCAUUUAACGGGAGGGUUCGCCUUGUACAGCUGGUUUGACAGCAAGGAUUCCAACCUGCGAGGUGACUGGGUGUUUACUAUCGGCGGCUAUCACCCUUCCUUCAAGAAGCCAUCUCAAUAUCCCGACGUGUCCAGACUAGGGAUCAGCUGGCAGUUUGAAAAAUCCAUUAGCAUCACUGGCAACUCCUACUUUGCCAUUACGCCAAAGACCUGCAUGGGUGGUGGUCGAUUGGAGCUGAAGUUGUCUCUGAACCCACUCUACGCAUGGUUUAUCGCGUUUGUCGACUUCCUGAUCAAUUACAAGCCCUUCUUUUUCAUGGCUGAAGGAGGCAUCUCCGUUGGAGUCCAGUUCACCCUAGACCUCUGGCUGGUGACGAUCAAGAUCAAGGUGGAACUCAGCGCCCGGCUAUACAUCCAGGGACCACCCAUCGGUGGCACCGUUCACGUCAACUUCUGGGUCUUUGGCUUUGAUAUUGACUUUGGCAGCAACUCGUCCUGCAGAGUCAUACUUCUGGUCCCACUGCCCUUCUCACUUCCUCAUAACCCGCCCAGACCACAGACGGGACCAUUGCGGAUGGCCACAUUUUUGCCGUCGAAGAGGGACUCAUACCUCAGGGAGAAAUCGAGUCCAGACCUAGCACGGAGCAGUGGGUUGUGGACAUGGCCACAUUCGAGUUUUUCUGUCAACUGCAAAUUCCCCAUCGAUAACGCGACCGUUUACACAUUGAAGGUCACGGGUGAGGAAGAUAGUAGGAGUCUGGUACCUCCUGGUGAAGAAGUGGACUCGCUCAGCGCAAGGCCGAUGCACAAACUAGGCAGCAUCAGCUCGACCUUGACCAUAUCCAUCAAGCGCGACGAAAUGAAGGAGUUGGACGAGGAAGGGACCGAGACGGCCUGGGAUGAUAAUGAAGCUCUCUACAGUGACGUUCCUGCUGCCCUUUUUGGCAAAUAUGAUUCCUUGAAAGACCCCGGAAAGGUCAAGAACCCCCAAUCUCUAUUGAACGGAACAUCGGAGAAGACCCUCCACGUCAUGUCGGGCGUUCGACUCCGCAGACCUGGCGACAAAUUCUCCAUCGAUCCAGAUGUCUCCUACAAUGUGGAGUUGUUCCAGCUCUCCAACAUCAAACCCACGUUCAAGAUCCCCGACAGUCCAGGACGCUCUGAGGAGCUUGAGGGUGCGCCGUGGCCAGAUACACCGGGUUCAAAUCACUGGGAGACAGUGAGAGACACAUGGACGACCCCGGGUGCUGGAGCACCGGCGGCCGAACAGGCCGCUACUCUAUGGCAAGAGCUGGGGUUGAACAAGUUCGGCUGGGACACAGAGCGUCUCAAGGGCUCUGAUUCCAUCUUUACUGGCGCUCAGCCACAGAGGCUCCUUGACGAUCUUGAGAAACAUUAUCUGUGGGCACCGCUGCUGAGUCGUGGAUAG